AGCAGUAGCGAGUGGAGGUGCGUCGCGCUUUCUCGUGAUUUAGUGUGUCAAACCGAGCCUAUCUUGUUAGAUACGUAUAAUGUCCCUAAUUUGUACUAGAACGUGAUCAUUACUAAUAUCCUCGUCUAUAAUCAUCUGUUAUUUCCUAAAAAUAUUUCGAAUAAACUUGGCAUGAGUGAAUGGUCGUUCUGAAGCACGUGCAAUUCAAGACAGACUCUCAUAAUCUGACGAUACUCGACACAACCACGUUUGACAGCUCCAGAGAUCCUACCAGUCCUGCAGUCUACACCACCAAUAUCACAACAAUGCUUCUGGGUCUCUACUUAUGAACUAUUGUCUGCAUUGUGAGCUCAAACUUGGACCUCCAUAACUGAAAAACUUUUAUAAGCUAUCAGCAGAGAAUUAAAUGAAAUUAGCUAAGUGAAGAUUUAAUUUUCCAAGUUGCGCAUUGUAAAAUAAUGAAUGUGUUUCUCAUCCGUGGACUGUGAUUGUCAAGCUGCGACAAUUUUUCACCUUCAAGAAUCAGCUAAAAGCUCAGAGGCACGAGGUGUGUCUGGUCGUGAUGUGGUACUGGGUGCUGCCCAAUGCUCCAGCCCUCAUGGUGGCAAGAUGAGCAGCAGUAGAAGUCUUUUAUCGCCACCAGCCUCCACUCCUGCUACUGCUGCUGCAUCUUACACUGAACCUUCAAGCAACUUGUUGUUGGGUUCUCCCACAACCUCUGCUUCUUUCAACACACCAUUGUCACCUGUGACUAAACCUGCUCAAGUGCUCCAUGUGUCUAGUUCAUUCAACACUUUAUCCAAAGAAUUAGAGUCAUCGGGGGUUAAUAUUGAAAACAAGUCAAUUAGUUUUAGUGUUAACUCGAGCAGUGCUGUGAUAAUCUCAACUAGCCUGGAGCCCACUGCCUGUGGCCCAGCAAGCGCUUCAUGCAGAAGUGCCAGUCCAGUAAUUUCCUCUUCUGCGAAUACUUCUUCAUUACCAAACUCUACUUGCAUAGGUUUGAAGAGUGGGGUUCUUGCACAAGAGCCUCAUCAGACCACGCCCAAAAUAAGCUCUAGUGACAUUUUAGGACUGGGCAGCAGUGUAUUGGUGCCUGCGGUAUGUUGGCAGCAAGCAGAAGAAGAGGUGUGUGCAGCUCUGUACGACCUUGGCCUCAGUGGUCGUGGCAUCGACAAAGACCAAUUAUUUUCUUCCACCGAAGGGGCAACGUGUGGCGAGACCCGACCUCCUGUCUUGGGAGAAGAGCAAAAGAUUGGAGAAGAAGAAGACUUUGGUGCAGAACACAAUAUCCUAAUGCAAGGUGAAGGUUGGGGAGAAUGCCCUGCUGUGGAAGGGUCUGGGGAAGGAGAGAGCCCCGAGACCGGGAGUGGAGGUGUGGGAGGAUCCCUCGAAGGCAGCAGCAGCUGUGGCAGUAACGUGUCUAGCAACCCUCGGGAGUGGUCACAGUCAAUCGACCAUCUGCUCAGUGACCCCAAUGGAGUUUCAGUUUUUAUGAAUUUCCUUAAGGAAGAGAACGGCUGCUGCAAUACCCUAGAUUUUUUCUUUGCAUGUAAAGGUUUAGAACGUCAGCCGUCCGAGAAUUUGAGACAACUCCUACCAUUGAUAUGGAAGAAAUUUAUCCGUAAUUAUAAUGUGCGUGUCUCUCCUGAAACGCACGCGGAUUUAGCUGAGAAGAUCCAUCAAGGUGAUCUGUCUGCAGACAUGUUCCGUGUGGCUCAGCGGGAAGCCCUGGAUUUUCUACGAGAAACUUCAUACCCUGUCUUCCUGCAGUCACAGAUGUAUGUAGAGCAGCUGCAGCUCUAUUAUGCAGAGCAGCAAAAGCUUUUAGACUUGAGUGAUCACGAACGUCGUAACCAAGGCAAUUUACUGCAACAAAACCAGAACCUUGGCUUCAGUUCACAAUACUACCCGAAGCAAAGUGAAGACCAUUGUUUGGGGAGCUCCAGCCUCCAAAGCGGCUACUGUUCUACCGCUAACCUCAAGUGGGGCCACAGUCCCGGCGCGCUCCCCACUCUCUAUGAACAUGAAACACCAACAUCUCUCCCAGCCAUCGCGCCGCCAGGAUGCAUGAAGCUCCUUUCAAGCGGACUCAGAGGCACUCCAGAGGACGACCUCAUGUGCCUUGUACCUUCAGCAGCCAAGAGGCCCCAAUUGUCCUCCAAGAACCUGGCGGCCACGGCCUUCCAAAGGGCGGCUCCUGUUGGAUACAAGCAAGGUGCACGCGGCGGCUUGAACCCUUACCACGCCAGUUUUGCUAAGGGCCACUACACUAGCAGACAGGACUCCGAGAGACAGAGUGUCAGCUCUGGUGCCUAUACUGACGACACCAGGAGCUAUACUGACGGCUCAAUUGACGGAGACACGGGCUACUGUGGCAGCUCCAGCAAGCUGGCCAGGAAGGAGAAGAUGUUGCUCAAGGACAACCUUCGUCUCAAUGAAGAACUCCGCCUCAAACACAAGCAGCAACAGUCCUAUUUAGCGUCCGCUGGUGGAACAGCGUCGUUCGUGGUGCCCCGAACUCAGCUGCCCGUGUGUCCCAGCACGAACCUCGCCAAGCACCCCGAGCAGUUCGCGCGAGUGCUCACGGAGAAGCUGGAGGCCGUGCUGCGCAAGAGAGAGGGCAAUGAGAAGGUGCAGCGCGCCUUCAAGAAAAUACAGGAGAGCGAGGGCUCGGCUGACGUGUACCGCAGAGAGCACGCCGUCAACUCCCUGCCGCCCUCCGUCCUCAUGAACAAAAUCAUGGAGAAAAUCCCGCUUGAUGACGACGUCUCGGAGCAGGCCAUAUUAGACCAGCACGUAUCGCGGGUUUGGCAGGACAGCAGCCGCGGCUCUCCAGUCUGUUUCCCUUCCAGCCCUCCUCGCAUGAUGUCGUACCGCACCACGGCGCCCCUGCACCACCACCAUCACCACUUCCUCAACUACAACGCUAACGCCUCCAACGCGCCUCUCGUUACCAAGAACAAAGCGUCUCACGUCCCUAACAAGAGCAGCAAAACCCCCUUCAGGAGCUCCAACUACCAAGGUCUAGUCCAGCAGUCGCAGAAGGCGGAGCAUCAAUACCCCCUGUCAGGGACGUCACCCUACACCGAUUACCCCGCCUCUCCUUCCAUGCCCCCCAGCAGAAGCUUGCACCAUCUCCGCUCCAGGGAUCAGAACAGCAUGGAUGUGUACGGAGCGUUCUCGUCUGACUCUGGCACCGUGCCAGACUUCCGUGAGAGCAGCGCGCGCACCGGACGACGGCAUCAGCCAAGCGGCGUCUCCAAGACGCGAUCAGUUCCAGAGAACAUGAUGGACUCCUGUGCUGGCAGCGGCAGUGAGCGCUACCCCAGCAGUAGCGGCAGCGGCAGCCGUGGCCGCACCACAGGAGGAGGUGGCUCAGAGCUCACAGACUCUGGCGUCUCCGUCAUCUCUGACUCGAGGCAUUCCCUGCUCACUACCACGCAGCCCUCGUCUGUCCACCAGAGAGUGGAGACGUGGCUGCAAGACACGAGUGACAGCAGCGGCAGGAAACUGACGCAGAGCUUGAGGGAACCUGCGGAUGACAGGACGUUCAUUCCCAACUCUGUCAGGUGUGACUCGAGCUCCAGCACCGGUCGCUGGCAGCCGCAGCAGCAACAGCAGGUCGGCGCCCCACCUGAUCACUUGCGGCGACGGCACAGAGCUGCAAACACUGUGGGUGCUGCUGGAGACGUCAACAGACGCGCCAACACCGCGAGCCCUGCAGCCGCGACCUCCACGUCACGCUAUGGUGGGACAGGUGGUGGGGCCACCAGCGCUAGCGCAGUCACUAGUGCAAUUACUAGCUGUGGCACUAACAGUUCAGGCACUAAGACCAUCACCACAACUAACGCUCCAACCAGCGACCGUAACACUUCCAGCUCCAGCGGCUCCACUAUGCGCAAACCCAUCAAAGCUUCUUCUAAUAAGUCCACGACAGGUGGGGGUGGUGGCAGCGACGGCCAGAGCAGCUGUAGCCGCGGCAGCGAUGGUUCCUGCCUGACAGAGAGCACUACGGUCGUGUACAGCUUCUGUGACGACUCUGUUCCUUUUGUCAUCAAGAUCGUGGCGCGCAGCAUUACUCUGAAGCGCUUCAAACAACAUCUGCCCAAGCGCGGCAACUACAGGUUCUUCUUCAAGAAGCACUGCGAAGAGUUUGGAGUGAUACAAGAAGAGAUGACUGAGGAUGAAGAAGUCUUGCCUAUCUAUGAGGGCCGCAUCUUUGCACAAAUUCGUAAAGCCGACUGACCCUCGCUCAUACCCCUGCCGCGACGCGGGGCACAUUUCUUUCUCAAGAUACCGUCAUUGUUUAGAUUGUCUGGUCCUGCCAGUCCUUGUGUAGGCUCGGUCUUGAGUCAUAUCAAGUUAAUUAAUUUCAAUCAUUCUCGUCGAAAGGAAGGCUCUUUCUCAGUGCCAUAUUUAGCUCUUCCUCAACGGCCCAUGUCGAAGAGGAAGCCAAGUUCUCGCGUUCAUUGUGGACGCCUUCGGGUUGGCAUCAAAAGCAAGAAACUGUCACGUUGCAUCCACUUGCUACGCAGCCGCUGCCGAGCGAAGAUCAAGAAGCAGCUGUGCCGGCUGAAUCAUUCAGACGAGUACUCUACUUCAUCGAGGUUACUACCAUCUCCCAGCUCUUUGGAUGACGAGGAAUUGUGUCUUCGAGUACCUGUCGCUCAUAAGUCGCGGUGUUUGCGGAAGUUCAAACGCAAAUCAGUAAACUACUCAAGUGUUGGGUGUUCGAAUUUUCGCUCACAUGAAGUUGCACGGGUGAAUUUACUAACUUCCUGGAAUUAUUUGAGGCAUGUAUCAUCUUCAGCCUUAUUUUCUGAUGAAAAUGAUGUUCCUAAUAACAAGCGCAACUGUUACGUGAAUUAUCUUUGCGAUGAUAACAUGCUAUCAAAUAAUACUCUCACUGAUGGUACUAGUACUACGUCUCCGUCUAAUUCAAUCGCCGACGGUAUUCCCAACUUGAGCAUCGCGACAGCCAGCAGUAACACUUCUCAGUCGAAUUCAAGCAUAUCAAGUUCUGAGGUUACUUUAAUUUUAACCAACCGUAGCAAAUCAGCUACUAACAUUAAAUUCUGUUGUUCUAACAUUGUGACGUCAACAAAUAACCACAGCAAAACCUCGUCUGACGUCGCAGUUUGUUCUUCAGAUGCCCCAGAGAUGAACGUUGGUGACACUGUAGCGGCAGCUGUGCACUCUCAUUACGGGUAUGUUAAUUACAGAGAGCUCUCAGCUGCACCCUGCUGCAGCGGACGGCGCUCUUGUCGGGCUGAUAAAAUUAACUGGCGUCACUACCCUAAAUUCUUAGCUGAAGCGUCAUCUUCCAACGAAUGUCUUCUUGGCAAUUGAUCCAUGUCGCCAGAAAUAGUUUUUCUUUUCCUUCAAAACUCCUCACAAUGUCACGGAAGGUUGAAUGUUAAAUGUAAUUGUAAUGAUUUUCUAGUACAAUAAUAACAUACUUGUUCGACGUAGCUGUUGGAAUCCUCUGCCUGGAAGUAAUAAUGCGAGGAUGCACGUGAGUGCAUCACUGAAACCAAAGAGACAGCUCCACUAGCAGCCUCAUUUUAGGUAUCAAACUCUAGUUGGUCGUGGUCGUGUGGUGCGGCGUUCCCGCCACACAACCCUCACGCUCAUGCGUCACUCUGUACAUCUAACCUGAGACCUUCGAAUUAUCACUUAUUUACGAACUAGCUAAUCUCUUUGUACAUAGUGUAAAUCUUAUAUGCAGAUUAAUAAACAACUUCUCGUUAGGCUGUUGCGGGUCAUACUCAAUAAAAUUCAUUACAGUAGCCUGCGUUAGGUAAUAUUAAGUGUCAGUAGGCUAUUCAUGACUUGAUGUCAUCGUAAGGAAACAAGUGACCUUAUGUUUGUUAGUCGUCCUACUUGAGUGUCAUCAUGCAAGCAACCAUGUACGAUGUCUCUGAAUUGCUGCAUCAUGACUCGGUUCCUCUGUGCAGCUACUCAUUAAAACUGCUGUUCCUGUAAGACGAUGUGUUGCAGUUGGAACAUUCACUAUUCAUGAUCAUUUGUUUUUAAACAAUAUAAAUCCACGUGUACUAAAUUUGAAAGAUCCUUUGCUGCUCCUCUUUUUGUCUAAUUUAACGUAAUCGUAAUAGCAAACCAUCGAUCCUAAAGUACUCUCUGUACCAGUUUACUACUGUGCCGUGUUUCUAAUUCGGUAAUAUACGCUUAUUGAGGGCGUUUUCUGUUCAAUCUUCUCUGGUCAUAUAACGUGGCAAGCUUGUUCGUUUUCGUACAAAUCUUUACUCGGAUUUUCUCAGUGUUGGUAUACUGAUUUCUUUAGUAACUCGUGAGCGAAUUUUAUUCUGUGCCUCGCAGGUUUAGAAUUAUCAUUUGUAUCAAAUCCAUGAUAUUAUGAUGCGUAUUUUCAAAUUUCUACCUCAGUAAUAACUAUUACCUGCCGAUUUACUGUUUCAACGUUUAAUUGCCGAAAUGAGUCUCGGUGAAGGUUCUAUGCUGCAGGAAAAGUUCUAUGAAACAUUUCCUUAAUCCAUAAUUGUGCCUGGUCAGUGAAAACUUCGUUUCAGUUAGCUUUCUGGCAGCGAAUUUUCAGUUACUUUAUUUGGAAGCUGUAGCGUUAUUUUACUAAUCUAAACGAGAUAUUUUAUUGCCGUAAUCAAAGCUGAAAGUUUCAGCUCGCCUGCUUCAGCUUCAUUAUAUCGUGGCAGGGCACAAGUAUUCAAUGGACAUUACGCUCCAAAAUCAUGAAAUGUUGGAUUGUUCACUGUUGACAUGAUGGUGUUUUGAAAUGUAAGAAAUAACCUCAUUGUCUUUUAAAUAUUUACCAGUUAGUUAGGGGACAAUAAAGUGUUUCAGAACACCAAUAUGGCAUGGCUAGCUCUGCAGGUGCUAGGAGUGAUCUUCUGAUGUCACGGAAGAUGAUUCUCCUGUGAAUGUCAUUUCUUGGAUUCGUUUAUGCAUGUUUUAAAUUGUUCUUUUUCAGUAAUCUACUUAACUUGCAUAUCUUUAUAUUGCUGUUUCGUAUUUUUUUUUAUUUUUCAUCGUUAAGAAACUAUGCGAAUCAUGUGAAAUUAAUAAAUGAGAAGAAAAUGAUUGAAAUCAAUAAUUAUAUUGAUUAUAUUUUAACCGAGUCUCUACAUGGGACGAGGUGGAGCUACGAGAAGGGAGGGCGGAAGAAAGUGGAGUGUCGCGUGUACUGCUCUUCAUAGCUCUAUUUUUUUGUAGCGUAAUUUAUUUAUUACUGUGUAAUUGUCUAACUUUGUUGUAUAAAGCUCCUUUCAUAUUGAACCUAUUUAAAUAAAGGGAUUCUAAUUGAG